AGCUCAGCAGACCAGCGGACAGCAGCGAUACACGCCACGCGGUGGAUUCUAUAGUUUGGUCUCUACACGGACCCGUCCAUCUGUCAGGAGAGCCUGGGUCGUAUUGCUGCGUGAGAGGUCCCGGGACGUGUAGCCAAGGAACCGCAUCGAGAGGACAGCCCCGUUCGGGAUCCAAUACGCGGAGGUCUUGUGGAGACAGCGAGGAGCUUUCCCUAUCCUCCAUCUGCUGCCUACCUGCUGCUGCUACACGGAUAGGGUCAAAGGGGAACCCCCUCGCGUUAGGACCCGUGGAUCGUGCUCCAGUUACUCCCUAUGUUUUAGGGACUUUAGGAUCAACGCAACUGUUUAAACUAUUUUGCACACCAAGUGUGUUACCUCGACUCUUGUCCUUUUUGGGAUAUAUAUAUAUAUAUUAUAUAUAUACAUAUACAUAUAUAUAUAAAUACAUAGGUCUACACUACAGCGAUCCGGUGACUCUUGGAAAUCAGGAGAACGUCGUACUCAGCUUUAGUCUCCGGUCAGGAUUACGCAGCAGCACCAUGAGCCAGGCGGAGGUCGCCACUUGCCCCUCCGCGCCGCAGAGAGUUUUCCAGGAGGCCGUGAAGAAGGGCAACACCAAGGAGCUGCACUCGUUGCUCCAGAACAUGACAAACUGCGAAUUCAACGUGAAUUCCUUCGGGCCCGAGGGACAGACGGCGCUGCACCAGUCGGUAAUCGACGGGAACCUGGAGCUGGUGAAACUGCUGGUGAAGUUCGGGGCCGAUAUUCGGCUGGCGAACCGGGAAGGGUGGAGCGCGUUACACAUCGCCGCUUUCGGGGGCCACCAGGACAUUGUGCUGUACCUCAUCACCAAGGCGAAGUACUCCUCCGGCGCCCGGUGAUUAUGGCUCCUCCGCUGUCAGGUAAAGAAAAAGACACAAGAAGAAGAAAAAACAUAGAGAAAAGGAGAACACAUGAACUGCCAUUUUUACCUUUAUAGUUGUGCCAAAUCAAGAAAACAAAAAAGCAAAGUAAAAGGCCUAUCCGCGACACGCACACACGCACAGACACAUACACACACGCUCACACACACACACACACACACAC